GGAAUCGGGACGUUUUGCCAUCGAAACCCGACCUGUCUUCGAAUCGAUAUGCCCGAGUGAAACAGUUUUACGUGAACUUGAAAAAUCGAGUCUCGGAAAAAUGUGGUUUUUUGUUUACUGAGAAAAAGCGAAACCGCAUUUUGAGACCUGACUUCUACGUCAAAAGUUAAGCCAUAAAACAAUAAAGAUAGCCAAAUAUAAAUUUUUCUAUCCAACUCAGAAGAAAAAUGUAGCAAAAAUAUGUAAAUCCAAGACGCAAGCAGUUCGUUCGGUUUCUACUAAAAAAUAUAAUACUUGAAAAUCGAGAAAAAUGCUGAAGAAACUGGAAAAGGAACCAAAAGACAAUCAAGUUACGGGCAAAAUGAAAGAAAUGUGCUACUUUUUCAACACAUUUUCCGACCAAUCUCUGGAAUGGUUGUACCAAAGUUUCAGCGUGAAACAAAAAAGGGCCGGACUGGAAUGUUUCGUUAUUACCGCCGCCCUGUUUGAUAUUUAUAUGCUUGUGGUUCCAUUAUGUUCCAACCUCUUACCAAUCGUCAUCCUGCUCAUCAUCAACAUAGGCCUACUGAUUUUGUGCAAAAAAGGCCCGCCGAAAGGCCGGAUACUGUGGCUGGCCUUGCCUCAUUUGUGCUGGCACGUCGCCGUCCUCCAAAUACUGAUUUCUUUGUACCUCAAACAGUACCAGGUUAGCCUCAGGGAUAACCUGGGCUGGGUACUGCUGUUCGACUAUUUGAUCUACGUCACACUUCCGUUGAGGCUCAGAUAUUGCGUACUGCUAAGUGUUUUGACGUGCGUGUCGUACAUUGUUGCAUUGGUGGCCUUUGUUAGGACUGAAGAAAAUGUCGUUCAACAGCACGCCUCAAACAUAAUCCUAUUGGUGACAUCGAACAUAAUUGGACUCACUUCUUAUUUGGUAGAAGAUAAGCAGCAAAGAAGGGCCUUUCUUGAAACCAGACAAUCGUUAGAAGUUAAGCUUGUUAUCGAGGAACAAAGUGCAGAGCAGGAACGUUUGUUACUUUCCGUUUUGCCCGAGCACGUUGCAGUGCAAAUGAGACAAGAUUUAGACCAGGCAGACAGUCAGUUCAAGAAAAUUUACAUGAGCCGACACGAAAACGUCAGCAUUCUUUACGCCGACAUCGUGGGAUUUACAGCCAUUUCGUCCACCUAUUCAGCUCAAGAAUUAGUCAAAAUGCUCAACGAACUGUUCGCCAGGUUCGACAAAUUAGCUGAGAAAUAUCAGCAAUUGAGAAUUAAGAUUUUGGGCGAUUGUUAUUAUUGUAUUAGCGGAGCACCAAUUGAACGACCGGAUCAUGCUGUUCUUUGCGUACAUAUGGGAUUGUCUAUGGUAAAAGCAAUCAAAUACGUUCAGCAAACGGCCAACUCUCCGGUGGACAUGAGGGUGGGAAUUCACACGGGGGCAGUUUUGGCCGGCGUUUUAGGGCAGCGCCAGUGGCAGUUCGACGUUUAUUCCAAAGACGUGGAACUGGCUAAUAAGAUGGAGAGCAGCGGCUUAGCCGGUCGUGUUCACAUUUCAGCGACCACAUUAUCCUUUUUGAAUGGCGAGUUCGAAGUUGAACCGGCAUUCGGCGAGAAACGAGACGAGGCUCUGAGGAUUGCCGGACUGAAAACCUAUUUUAUCGGGAAAGUCCUCAAACCGUUCGAACCGCAAACAACAGAAGUACAAAACGGAGAUACAACUACUAUAAUUCCUGAUGCUGAUAGCUGUGUCAUUUCAGAAUUGAAAACCAUAAAAGAGGAGAUAAAUGGUACAGAACCAGUAAGAUCCAGAGAAGAUUCUGCAGAAUUCAAAACUAGAUUGAGAAAAGAGUUAGUUAAUAGAGAUGGUCACAUGGAAUUGGCCAAAAACACAAAAUACGUUACCUUAUCCUUUGUGGACCCGCAAAAAGAAAAAUCAUAUCAUCAUCACAUAGAAAGCUCGUCGAGUAUAAUUUUAAUUAUGUUUAUUGUGAUAAGGUUAGCAAUAGCAGCCUGUAUAUUUAUAGUCUUACCAAGCGAUAUUACAUUAGAUACCAACUACUUUUUAGAAAACUUGUUAUUUUUUGCGUUAGUGACUAUGGCAAUAAUUGAAGAAUUUCCAGGAGUGUCAAAUUGCUGUAAGGCCUACAAAGAAUCAAUGAUAAGAAGAAUGAUAUUAGCCACCCUGUGCAUAAUAAAACUAGGACUAAUCAACACUUUGGAUACGAUGUCCUGCGUGAAAAUCGAUCUCGAAGAAAAUUGCACGACGACCAAAGAAAUUAACGGAGCUUGUCUGUAUCCUUCCUACUUCAGCUAUUUCGUUGUGUUAAUUCUAAUCGCCACAGCCCUGCCGGCCUGUUUACCCUAUUUGUGGAAGACUUUCCUGAUGGUGCUUAUCACCGUCUGUCAGUGUUGCGUUAAUGUAUUUUAUGUGGGAAAUUCGUUAGACUGCGAAGUUGCUAGAAGGAUGAGUUUCUUCACAGAGCCUUACACAAUUUCAGGCCUUUUAAUUACAGCGACUGUUGCCUUGGCAUUUCUAGCACGACAUAUGGAACAAGUCUUAAGAGUCCUGUUUCUAUGGCGUUCGGAAAUUGAAGAGCAACGUGACUGCGCAGAAGAUUUGAAACGCAGAAACGAAGCCCUGGUUUACAACAUUUUGCCGCCUCACGUCGCCGCUCACUUUAUGAGCAGCAGGAACCGGAACCACGACGAACUAUAUUCGCAAAGUUACGAAGAGGUCGGAGUUUUGUUCGCUUCGAUGCCUAAUUUUUCAGAUUUCUAUUCUGAAGAAACUGUAAAUAAUCAAGGUCUAGAAUGUUUGAGGUUCCUAAACGAAGUAAUAUCCGAUUUUGACGCCUUGCUAGAACUUCCCAAAUACCAAGACGUAAUAAAAAUCAAGACAAUCGGCUCGACCUACAUGGCGGCCAGCGGCCUUAAUCCCUCAAGACAAAUAAAGCCAGAAGAUCCUGUCCAAAUUCGAUGGGCCCACCUGUCUCUCCUAGUAGAGUUCGCCCUAGACCUGAAAAAAGCUCUACAAAGCAUUAACGAACAAUCCUUCAAUCAUUUUGUACUGAAGCUGGGCAUCAAUCACGGCCCGAUCACCGCUGGAGUUAUCGGAGCCCGAAAGCCGCACUACGAUAUUUGGGGCAACACUGUCAACGUGGCGUCCAGGAUGGAAAGUACCGGAAAAGCUGGAUGCAUACAGGUCACAGAAGAGACUUGUCAAAUUUUGCAAGCUUUCGGCUAUCAGUUCGAGCAACGUGGGCUUGUAGCUGUUAAAGGCAAAGGUCAGCUGAUGACUUAUUACCUGUUGGGUAGAAGUGGUAGGAUAACACCUCCGACAGCUCCGGUGUCGCCGAUAUUGACCGCAAUGGAAACUGUCAAUGAAGAGGACGAGUCGCGCGACAGUUUAACGUCAAAAUCCGAAGAGAAAACUUCUGAGAAAACUGUUAUUGAAUGUUCGGAAAAGGCGGACGAUGAGGUUUUCAUUUUGGAAACGGAAAAUUCGGAAAUGAGCUCGAAGAGGGAUUUAGAGAUUAAAGACUCCAAUGAGGCCACGUUACUCUUGAGUUCGUGUGACGGUUGAGAAUUGUUUUUGAAUUUUAUUGUUUAUUUUUAUUGGAUGAAACAAUAAGGCACUUGGAUUACUAUAAAAAAGUCGGAGAUAUAAUAAUAGCUGGAUAAUUGAAAGAAUGUUGCUUUGGUGUCAUCUUAUCUCCGACUCUCGUAAAGCUUUCCAGUUGCCUUCGGAUAGCUUCUUCUUCUGUCCUAAUAUAUUUGCCAAAAAAAACAAACUAUUUUCAAUAUCGCACAUUUAAUUUUAAGAAUCUAGGAAACAAUGAACGCACUUUAAUUAAGUUUUGAUACUACAGCUUAUGGUUUUUCUUCUAGUUCAUUUAUUUUUCAGAUUAGUUUUAGAGAGUAGAAAAGAAGACUUAGGUUGUGAGAGUUUAACUUUAGAACAAUAUCACUAGUCAUUAAAUGAUAGCGUAUCUAUAAAUAUUUUGUAAAAAAAAAUUUAGAGGAAAUUGUACAUUUAUUUGGAAAAUAUUUAUGAAGCCAAUAUGUGCAUAUGAUCAUACAAUUUUCCUUAGGGCCAAAUUAUGGACCGACUGGUAAACGUCUGGUUGUUACCUAGCAGGUACUUUCUAUGCACUACAUGUAGAGAAUAAGAACUAACUGUUAGGUAACAACCAGACACUUACCAGUUGGUCCAUAAUUUGGCCCUUAUGCCCCUAAUCAUCCUGGAAAUUAAAAAUUUCUAGAUCUAUUUAUUUAGUAAUGCAUGUAUAAUUUCGUAAACCCUAUACAUAAUUAUCUAAAUUAUUCAAAUUUGUUGCAUAAUUGAUAAUCAUAUGAUAUACAUAUUGUGCAACAGAAAUUCUUCUAUACAAUCAUCCCUAUCGAGUAAGUUUUUGAAUAGACAAAUAUUUCACAUUUUACAUAUCAUUAUAUUUUUAUAUAACUCUAUUUCCAGUUAUUUGAAAUUAUUUUUUUUUAGUCAGCUUUGAACCGAUAUAAGGCUUAAUCAGAGAUAUAUGCAAUGUAAAAAAUUAUUAAAGGCUAAUGACCAAAAAUUUGUAUGAUUAUAGGUAACCCCCGAUCUUGUUUAAUUUAUAUUAAGCACAUUUAGUCAAGAAUGUAUUUUAGACUAAAGUCAGUCUUACUCCAGUUUUCGUCAUAAAGUAUUUUGCUGCUGCUCAAAUUUUCUGUUUUAAAUUUACUCAUUUUUUAAAUUGAUAUUACCUAAAAUUCUAUUUUUCUUCAUCAUUCCUUAUAGAUAUUAGUGAUAAACGAUGUUAGUUGGUAAUAAACAUAUAGUUACAUA